UUACCGUUGACGUAGUCGUUGUCUUUGCGCUGUGCGCAAUGAGUACACCUCAAGCAAACCGGAUUUUGCAGCCACACAGGUCGUUUGGCGCAGACGAAUCCGCCCUGGAUGAUGAGAAUGAUACACCACAGCGCGACGGGUCAUCUUUGCGCAGAGUUCUUGGUCGAAUUUCGUUUGGCAACAGCAUGCGUCGACCGAGUUUCGCUUCGAGAUUGAGGGCAGGAGCAGAGUCGCCAGCUCCGUCGGAGAGGCCACCGGUGCCCACGGUAAUGCAGCCUGCUGGGGAAGUGUAUCAGACGCCACUGCCAAUACUCUCCAUGAUUGUUCUGUCCAUCACCAUGCUGGGAGAAUUCUUAUCUGCAAACGUGUCGACCCCAUUCUUGUUAUUCAUGGUUAAAGGCUUCGGUCUGCUCACUGAUGAGGCUGACAUCGCUUUUUGGACGGGCGUAUUAGUAUCAACUUUUUUCCUGACUCAGUUCCUCACGUCACUGCUUUGGGCUACCGUGGCUGAUAAGCACGGGAAAAGAGCGGUUCUAGUGAUAUCACUCCUCGGUAGUGCCAUUACUUGUGCUAUCUUCGGGACUUGCACUAGUUUGCAGCAAGCCAUAUGCGUAAGGUUAUUGCAAGGUAUCUUCGCCGGAGCCGUCGGCGUUGCUCGAGGGUCUAUCUCUUUCGUAACCGAUGCAAGCAAUGAAGGUAGAGCUUACGCUAUUCUGGGAUUUUGCUGGGGUUUUGGUGGUGUGGCCGGGGCCAUAAUCGGAGGAACUUUCGAAAGCCCAGCCCUGAAGUGGCCCGGAACGUUUGACUCCUUCCCUUUAUUCGUAAAUUAUCCCUAUCUUCUACCGUGUGCAAUGGCGGCGGCGAUCACCUUUACAGGUUCCGUUCUCGCGUGUUUCCUGGGCCCCGAUGGCGGGCCUAGGGAAGGGGCUAUUCGCCUCAUGCCUGAGAAGGUUGAUAUGCACCCACCAAUCCCAGAGGAAGAAUCCAUUCCACCAAGCCCAAUCUUUGACGAUGAGGACCGGGAGCCCACUACGCUUACGGGAUCUAUUCGGAAAAAACUUUCCCAAAAGCUCUCUGGCUACUUUGCCUCCCGAGUUUAUGAUGCACAAGACAGAACUGUCUUGAACGGCGGUUCGUCCGCAGCUUCACAACCCCCUGUACCUCUGGCUGCGGGACCGAGAUUAUCAAGAACUGCAUCCAGGACAAGCCGCAUUAAUGGUUCUGCGUAUGGGUACGGUAGCUAUAGGAACAGGUUGGUGAGCAAUGCGACAGCGACUGUGAGAGCAAGACACGGGAGCAUGACAAGCUCCUUGCGGCGAAGACGAGGAAGUAAUAUUGACGGAAACCGAGAAUCACAAGCUAGCGAAAGCAAUGACCUUAAUUUUGCUCAGAGGUUGCUUAUGGCCAAUGAGAAUGCGGUUACUAACAUCGCGGAUCUGUGGGUCGCUGCUGCAAUGAAUGUCGACAACGAGGAUCCGUUCGAAAGUGAUACUGAGAUGGGAUCUGAUGAUGAUUCCGGUGAGGAGGCUUUGGAUGUGGAAGAAAACGUGGAGCAUGUUCCUGUCGAUGACGAUUCCAUAUCUGCAUCUGUUAUCUCGACGCCGACGCGCCCCAGUCGUCGAGCUUCCAAUGCGACACCCAUUGCACGUCGUUCUUCUAAUACACGCGGGACUAUCAGAUCCCUUCGUCUUGGUUCGCCUCGCCUUCCUUCCAGCCCUUGGCCUAUUCCUCAACGCCAGGCUUCGUUUUCUCAGCCAUUAGAAGGUACACACAUAUCCCGUCGAUUCUCCAAUGCUCCUUCCAUAUUCUCUCAUUCUGGUGUUAAGCCUCCGGCUGCUGUUCUGGAUGCACAACAACUACUUACUCCAGCGGCCGAGGUCACUGGUGCUGAUUCCCUCGCGCCUAUCGCGGAAUCGAGGAGGACUUCGCAGAUAAAUGACCAAGUCGAUCUGGAGUCCCUGGCAGAGAGACCGGCUUCAUUGUCGUCUCAAUUGCCCGUUAUGAUUAUAGUGCAGUAUGGUCUGCUGGCACUUCAUUCUACGACACACGAUCAGGUCUUCAUGUCGUAUCUUGUAACCGAUUAUGAUUCUGGAGGCCUGAAUCUCAAUGCUGGACACUUCGCACAGCUUAUUGCAUUGAUGUCUCUCUGCCAGAUUGCAUACCAGUUUUACCUCUAUCCAAAUAUUGGGCCGCCGCGAGGACGUUUCUCCCAUCUAGCCAUGUUCCGACUUGGUUCCUUGCUGUUUAUCCCAUCUUAUCUUACGGUCGUACUUUAUCGUGUACCGUUUGCUAGCGAGGAGGAUGACGGCAACUUCAUUCUGAUGACUGGGCUUGCCAUAAGCACUGCACUACGGUUCUGCGGUUCCACCUUUGCGUAUACUGCGGUCUCUAUCCUGUUGAAUUAUAUGACGCCACCGAGUGCCGUCGGGUACGCCAAUGGUAUAGCGCAGAGUAUAGUCAGUCUUGCUCGGUGUUUGGGUCCUGUAUUGGGUGGAUAUCUCUGGUCUGUUAGUAUUGAGGGGAAUCCUAAUGGGUAUCCCCUUGGUUUCAUGGUGUGUGCUGGCGCAUGCGCAUUUGCACUGCUGCAUAGCAUGUUUAUUCGAUGAAGACUAUCGACCAUGGUGUAGAAGUUUCUUCUUUUAUUCAUACUGUAUUAAUGCAUAUAGAUCUCUGUUCAUGAUCGACGUGAUCCCAGAUCAUCAUCUACAUGGUACCAUACGUAUACACAAGCACACAAGAUUUGGACUUUGCUAGUAAUAGUUCUCCACCCGGACUAUUGUUACGACUUAAAUUAUAUUGCUUCGACUUCUAUUCUUCCCGUCUAGCUCAUUGUAGAUGUCUUGCUCUGAAUGAUCAUCCCGUUGCUACGCGAUCGUC